GGCUAAGCCAUAUAAAACUUGCUCUCACUAUCAAGCCCGAAAUACUACUAAUUAUAUCCAGCGGCGCCCUGCCUUGCAAGAACUCGAUCCGAAUGCCCUCCCUACCUCCCGGUAAUAACGACGGUCAAUUACGGACGUCUCUGCGGACGAGCCAGCCCUACGGCGCCAGUAACGGAUCCGUUAACCGUCCGUCGCGGCCCCAGUUCAUAUUAUGGAGGACCCUCCUGCCGACCUACCUACUAUACGGCCUCCUGCCUUCCUCUCCCGCUUCCGGCCAGCUCCCGUACAUACGACUAGUCCACUUACGGGUUACUAUAUAGCUUGCGGAGCCCUUUAUUUUGGCUAUACGGACGAUCGCUUUGAGGCCUGUUAUAAGAAGGGCGACGUAAUACUUCCUCUAAUCCGCAAGCCUCCUCUAUAUCUCUCUUACCUCUUUACGGGCAAUAACCCGCUCUGUCGGGCCUUCCGGACGAAUAUCCGGGCAUAUAAUUAUGCUUUUGCCUUUACGUUAAUUAGCUAUAAGAAGAACACCCGGAUUGACUUCUCCCGUGAGAUCCAGUGCUUUUAGAUCCAUGGCGAGCUCUUCCACUUCCAAGGCCCGCUAUAGCCUGCUUUAUACGCCAAACCCUU